AUGGCUAAACCAGUCGAUCCAAAUAAAGAAGAUAAAUAUGCAACAGCUAUAUUAAAUCGUAAAGAACGUCCUAAUCGUUUAAUUAUUGAUGAUGCUAUUAAUGAUGAUAAUAGUGUUGUUGCAUUAUCACAACAAAAAAUGGAUGAAUUACAAUUAUUUCGUGGUGAUACGGUUUUACUUAAAGGUAAAAAACGUCGUGAAACAAUAUGUAUUGUUCUUGCUGAUGAUACAUGUCAAAAUGAUCGUAUACGAAUGAAUCGUGUUGUACGAAAUAAUUUACGUGUACGUUCAGGUGAUAUUGUAUCAAUACAAGGUUGUCAAGAUGUUAAAUAUGGUAAACGUAUACAUGUUUUACCUAUUGAUGAUACUGUUGAAGGCAUAACAGGAAAUUUAUUUGAAGUUUAUUUAAAACCAUAUUUUGUUGAAGCAUAUAGACCUGUACGUAAAGGUGAUGUUUUUAUUGUACGUGCAGCAAUGCGUGCUGUAGAAUUUAAAGUUAUUGAAACUGAACCAAGUCCAUAUUGUAUUGUUGCACCUGAUACAGUUAUACAUUGUGAAGGUGAUCCAAUAAAACGUGAAGAAGAAGAAGCAUCUUUAAAUGAAAUUGGUUAUGAUGAUAUUGGUGGUGUUAGAAAACAAUUAGCGCAAAUUAAAGAAAUGGUUGAAUUACCAUUAAGACAUCCACAAUUAUUUAAAACUAUUGGUGUUAAACCACCACGAGGUAUUCUUCUUUAUGGACCACCGGGCACAGGUAAAACUUUAAUUGCACGUGCUGUGGCUAAUGAAACAGGUGCAUUCUUCUUUUUAAUUAAUGGACCGGAAAUUAUGUCAAAAUUAGCUGGUGAAUCAGAAUCAAAUUUACGUAAAGCAUUUGAAGAAGCUGAAAAGAAUUCUCCAGCUAUUAUAUUUAUCGAUGAACUUGAUGCAAUUGCACCAAAACGUGAAAAAACUCAUGGUGAAGUUGAACGUCGUAUUGUUUCACAAUUAUUAACAUUAAUGGAUGGUCUUAAACAACGUUCACAUGUUAUUGUUAUGGCUGCAACAAAUCGACCUAAUUCAAUUGAUCCAGCAUUACGUCGUUUUGGUCGUUUUGAUCGUGAAGUUGAUAUUGGUAUACCGGAUGCUGUUGGUCGUUUAGAAAUUCUUCGUAUACAUACAAAAAAUAUGAAAUUAGGUGAAGAUGUUGAUCUUGUACAAAUUGGUAAUGAAACACAUGGUUAUGUUGGAGCUGAUUUAGCAUCAUUAUGUUCGGAAGCUGCUUUACAACAAAUACGUGAAAAAAUGGAUGUUAUUGAUUUAGAAGAAGAUACAAUUGAUGCUGAAGUACUUGAUUCAUUAGCUGUUACACAAGAUAAUUUUCGUUUUGCACUUAAUCAAUCAAAUCCAUCAGCUUUACGUGAAACAGUUGUUGAAGUACCAACAACAACAUGGGAAGAUAUUGGUGGUUUAGAAAAUGUUAAACGUGAAUUACAAGAACUUGUUCAAUAUCCUGUUGAACAUCCAGAGAAAUUUCUUAAAUUUGGUAUGACACCAUCACGUGGUGUACUCUUUUAUGGACCACCGGGUUGUGGUAAAACAUUAUUAGCAAAAGCUAUUGCUAAUGAAUGUCAAGCAAAUUUUAUAUCAGUUAAAGGUCCAGAAUUAUUAACUAUGUGGUUUGGUGAAUCCGAAGCAAAUGUACGUGAUGUAUUUGAUAAAGCUCGUCAAGCAGCACCAUGUGUAUUAUUUUUUGAUGAAUUAGAUUCAAUUGCUAAAGCACGUGGUGGUAGUGCUGGUGAUGGUGGUGGUGCAGCUGAUCGUGUUAUUAAUCAAAUUUUAACUGAAAUGGAUGGUAUGGGUGCAAAGAAAAAUGUUUUUAUUAUUGGUGCAACUAAUCGACCAGAUAUUAUCGAUUCGGCUAUUCUUCGACCAGGUCGUCUUGAUCAAUUAAUUUAUAUUCCAUUACCAGAUGAUAAAUCACGUAUGGCUAUUUUAAGAGCGGCUUUAAGAAAAUCACCUGUAGCUAAAGAUGUUGAUAUGAAUUUAUUAGCUAGUGUAACAAAAGGUUUUAGUGGUGCUGAUUUAACAGAAAUUUGUCAACGAGCUUGUAAAUUAGCAAUAAGAGAAUCAAUUGAAAAAGAACUUAAUCUUGAAAAAGAACGACAACGUAAUGGACAAACAGCUAUGGAUUCUGAUGAACCAGAUCCAGUACCAGAAAUUCGUCGCGAUCAUUUUGAAGAAGCCAUGAAAUUUGCUCGACGAUCAGUUAGUGAUAAUGAUAUACGUAAAUAUGAAAUGUUUGCUCAAACAUUACAACAAUCACGUGGUUUUGGUUCACAAUUUCGUUUUCCUGAUCAACAACAACAACCAUCACAAGGUACUGGUGGGAGUGGUGGACAAGGUGGACAUCGUCCUACUACUAAUGAUGAUGAUGAUCUUUAUGCAUAA